CCCUGCUUAGUCUCCAUUUGGGAGAGAGAUCACCUUAAGGUAAUGUGAACUUUCAUAAAUUUGUGACAAAUAAAAUGGAAUGGUCUGUUGAGAUGUAGUGAUUUCAGCAAAAGCCAGCUGCGUUGUUGGACUGAAGGACCCCAUCAAUGAUGGAGCAGUCCUAGCUGCAGUAGAGACUCUACAGUUCUUGAGCAUCGUCUCACUUGGGACAAGGUGCUGGUGUUCUCCAGAUUAAAAUCUUGAACCCAAAGACUAACAACAGUUGACUGAAGUGCUACUACACACACAGUGACAGAGUGCCACACAGACAUGGAUCCCUGUCAAAUCGGGGGUGGCCAUCCAGGCAUACCUGUGCAGAUUACAGUUGUGCGGGGCAAAAACCUGAAAGGAACAAAAGGGGUUCACUUCUUCUCGUUCAUCAAAACUGAAUUUAACAAUACAAUAGUAGGAGAUUCUGCCAAAGUGGAGUCCUCAGCAGACCUCUGUGUUGAAUACAACUUCAGUUGCACCUUUGAAAGCACCGAAACCAACAAUACCCCUGAUGACAUGGCGCACAAGCCUGCUAUCUUGUCAGUGUUAGAAGUUCUGCCAAAAGAGAAGAAGCAGAAGGAUGAGAAGACUGUUGUGCUGGGCCAGGCCAUUUUGGAUCUGCUGCCUCUAUUGCAGGGUCAAUUCUGCUUUACAGCUACUGUUGCCAUUCAACCGGCUCCUGGGUCCCCACUGGACACUACCUCCCUGGAUCCAAGCAGCAGGCCAUUUUUAGAGAUCUCUGUUGCUGCCUCAGAAGCCUUGGUCUCUGAGGCUCAGUUGGUGGAUUCCAAUCUACUCAAGGUGGCAGUGGAAACACUCUAUUCAGUCCCUGAAGCCUGGAGCCUGACAGGGCCACAGUUUCAUUAUGUGGUCAGCAUGCUGGUCCCAAGCUCAGCCAAGAAAGAACAGCUGGUGGUUUUUGCCGGGGGACUGCUAAAGCCAGGGGGUGAGUGUGAACCAGUGCCCAGGUUGAAAAAGUGGCCAACUACCUCUGGGUCUCAUCACAUAUCCGGAUGUUUCAUUGGAGAGAUGGACGCUGAGGAAGAACAUGGAGAAUUGAACACACCUAAGGACAAGGAGUUCCGAAGAGAAGCAGAGGUCACCAAAAAGCGAGUCUACUGGGACAUAGAAAGACGCUGCUUUAUGGAGUCUUCAGCUGUUGGCCGGAUGCGGAGCAGCAUUGUCGAAUGUAGAUACUGGGUUGUUGAAAUCAUGAGGAUUCCAAUCAUUACCAUGGCUGAGACUGGAAAAGUAAGCAAAGACAAGGGCCAUCCUGCGACACAGGCGGAGGAGGAGGCCAGUAUAGCAUGGCAUGGAAUGGCCUUUGUGGACAUGGCUCCCCUACUUUACCCUGGGGUGAAGCGCAUCCGUGGAGCCCAUAGAAUCUUCCCAUUUAAUGAAGAGGACUUGUAUGAGAAGACUAAAAGACCAAAGAGUAUUCUGAAAGAAAAUUACAAGCAGACAAUACUGAUUGCGAGAGGAAGUGAUUCUGUACCGGGAACGCCUGGGGCGAAAGCUGGCAAAGGAGCAAAAGAAGAGAAAAAAGUUGCAGGAAACAAAGCAGUGGUUCCAGAGACUGGUGCAGAGACGACCACCAGUGCACCUUCCAAACAAGAAGGACAGGCUUAUGUAGGAGCCUGCACAUAUAUAAUGAUUGACAUCACUCUGGACAAGCCUCUAGUCCCCAAAAGGCCACCAGAAGAUCUGUCUAAAAGAGUAAAAGAGAUGAUUCCUCCAAGACCCUCUUUGCCCCGCCACACUGCUAGUGCUGAAAAGGCUGUAAAUGAUUACCAGAAGGAGAUCACAAGAGUGGCAGAUCAAGUCAUAAAGGAGUACCUGGAGCUCCUGGGUAUGUCACCUUUUCAAGGGGAGAUGCUGCUUGAUCAGGCUGCCAAAGAAGAGCAAAAGAUGAGACUUCUUGAACAACUGAACUACUCAGGGAAGUACUUCACAUUCAAGGAACAGUUGAAGCCAUCCAUUGUUAGGAUUGUGAGAGAGAAGCUGCUCCAAACAUCUGCAUUUGCUGACCAGGCUCAACUCCAGGCCUUCCUCAGCCAGCUUUAUAUUUUCCUGGUGGACCAGAUGCACAUUUCUCUCAACAAGAUUUUAUCUGUGAGUGUCCCAGAGACAGAGGCGUACAGCUUCAUCCAGUGCACACAGCUGAAACACUUUGCCAAAGAAGCAGAAGUUAAUGAGGACUUUGAAUUGGCCUCCAAAUACUACCAGGAGCGAAUUGCUUUGGACCGCAAUAACCCCAGUCACUGGUUUGACUAUGGUGCUUUCUGCCUGUUGAUUUCAAACAAUAGUAAAGCUGAGGAGUGCUUCCAACAUGCCUUGUCCAUUGACCAGAGACAUGUGGAGAGCCUACUGCUCUGUGGGAUCAUGGCGGAGAUGCGAGGCUCCUUUGAGGACGCAGAUACCUACUUUCAGAAUGCCACUUGUGUGGAGUCCAACAACGUCAUUGCAUGGACAAUCUUAGGAUUAUUUUAUGAGUCACAGGAGAAUGUCAUCCUUGCAGAAAUGGCAUACCUUGAGGCCAAUAAGCACCUGAGAACUAAGCUGAUAAAAGAAUCCAUUGCAGAGGGAGAGGCUCCUGCAUCAAGGCCAGUCACUGGAAGCCAGGGCAUCAAGACCCUUCAAGCAGAGAAAGUGCCCAAGUCACAAGGGUCAGUCCGCUCAGUGGACACCAGUGUUCUAGAUGGUGAGAGGCCAGAUUCUGUUGCCUCUCUAACAGAGGAAUAUGACAAAGAAUCCCAGAAGAGACCCUCAAAACCUGUCACUACGGUGUUUAUGGAGACAGUUCAGUUCUUGCUAGAAGUCAAUGUAUUGCAUUUUGCUCAGCGAGCUCUAGCCCAGGAGCUUGUUAGUCCAGACGGAGGGCCCAGCUCAUCCUAUUACGUAGCAUUGGCUCGCUUUCAGCUUCAGAUGAGAGACUUUGCAAAAGCAGAGAACAGCCUGAAGGAGGCGCUACAUGCUAGUUAUGAGAACCCAGAUGUAUGGGCACUCACUGGACAUCUGCACUACUUGAACAAUAAAUUCAGGAAAGCCAGGAAGAGCUAUGAGCGAACAUUGGACUUUGUGAGAGACGCUUGUGAAAUGCACACUGUCUGCCUGCGGCUUGGCUCUAUCUACUUGCUAGAGAAAGAGUAUGAAAAGGCAAAGUAUACGUAUCUCAUGGCCUGCAAGAAAUCACCUUCUUGCCUUUGCUGGCUUGGCGUUGGAGUGGCUUGCUACAGGUUGGGGGAGCUGGAAGAGGCAGAAGAUGCCCUAUCAGAGGCCAACAUCAUGAAUAACAGGAAUCCAGAGGUGUGGGGCUAUCUGACACUCAUCUGUCUGCAGACGAGCAGGAAGGUGGAAGCAGACCAGUCCUAUAAGUUUGCUGUUAAGUUAAAUUUACAGAAUGAAGAGCUCCUUGCUGAGAUCCAUGAGCUGCAGGAACGCAUGGGUUUUGCCAACCCUGGAUUCCAGUAAAGAAAAAUUGUUUUAAGUGUGGACACUUCAAAGGCCCAAAUGUGAAAAAAGAGGAAUCAUAUCCAUACAAACUGAAUGCUUAUUGACUUGUUUGAUGGAAACAAAAUAAACAGAGCUCUUUCAAACAUGUUGUGUGUUCUCUUCAACUUUAAAAAUAUAUCAAGUGAACAUCUAUUACAGUGCAGC